AUGAAGCUUACACACUCUGGCUUGGCUCUAGCAGCCUUCGUGGGCCUCGUUGAAUUGGCCUCUUGCAAGACCGUCAAAUUCAACGUUGAUCUUACAUGGGAGGAUGGAAAGGUAGCUGGCAAUACACGCAAAGCCAUCUGGACCAAUGGUCAGAUUCCCGGCCCAACUCUACGGGUCAAGCAGGGUGAUGAUGUUGAGUUCCUCGUCAACAAUUCGAUGCCAUUUACGACGGCUAUUCACUUCCAUGGUAUCUACCAGCAAGGUACCCCAUGGUCUGACGGUGUUCCCGGGAUCUCGCAAGCCCCCAUCGAACCAGGUGAUGCGUUCCUCUACAAAUGGAAGGCCGAGGAGUAUGGAACCUACAUCUAUCACUCUCAUAUGAGAGCCCAGCUCGAUGAUGGGCUCUACGGUGCCAUCUAUGUGGAGCCAGCAGACUCGGUGGAAAGACCGUUUAGCUUGAUGACCACCGACCAGACGGAACUGCAGGCGUUGAUGGAAGCUGAAAAGAAAACCCAGCCGGUGGUUCUAUCCGACUGGCGCAUGUUCACUUCGGAAGAGAUUCUUCAGAUCCAGGAGGAGUCUGGUUUCUCAAGCUACUGCGCCAGUUCUAUCUUGUUCAACGGCAAGGGUUCUGUCAUUUGUCCCGGUCAAGAUCGUAUUGACUCCCUUACACGUUCCGGCGAGAUUCAAGCUCUUGGGAACGCAAAAAUGAGUGAUAUGGGAUGUAUGCCACCUACCGCGACACGGUAUGCGCGAUACGAUUUCGAUCUCACCAAGAUACCUAAAGGCUACUUUGAAGGCUGCGUGCCGGCCCAGGGCCCGAAUCAGGUGUUCAACGUCGACGCUUCCAAGAAGUAUGUCAGUUAUGACGUGAUGAGUAUGGCUGGCAGCUCCUCUCUCGUCUUUUCUAUCGACCAUCAUCCCAUGAUCAUCUACGCGGUCGAUGGGCGUUAUGUUGAACCAUCGUCGGUCGAAGCUAUCAAUGUUCCCGCUGGGUCACGGUACUCGGUUAUGCUGAAACUAGACCAGCCCGCAGGAUCAUACACGGUCCGUGCGGCCAACAAAUAUGCUAACCAGAUCAUCAACGGUACAGCAACCUUGACCUACAGCAACCAAGGGUCCAGCAGCACCACAUAUAUCAAUGAGCUCGGCACCAUUGCUACUCGCGGCGUCACUAUCCUGGAUGACAGUACUCUGGUUCCAUUCCCACGUGAAGCACCUGCGGCUGAGGCCAAUAAAACUUUCAUUCUCAACAUUGCCCAAAUGUCAACAUCAUAUGGCUGGAUGCUCGGCGGUGCUAACUAUCCGAUGGAGCUCGAGGAUAUUGAGGUUCCGGCGUUGUUCAACACCAGCACAAUUCCCACUGAGAACAUGAUCUCUACCCUGAAUGAUACCUGGGUAGACCUGAUUAUUAAUGUUACGACUUCUGGUCAGCCCCAACAUCCGAUCCAUAAGCACUCGAACAAGUUCUAUGUGAUCGGACAGGGCAGUACAGCUUGGACCUACUCCUCUGUCGCAGAAGCAAUGCAAAAAAUCCCCGGCAACUUCAACUUGGAAACCCCUCAGAUGCGAGACACCUACCAGACUCCUCCAUCCUUGGGAGCCCCCAGCUGGAUGGCGCUCCGAUACCACGUCGUCAACCCCGGUCCAUUCUUCAUGCACUGUCAUAUCCAAAUGCAUCACAGCGGUGGGCUUGCAAUGGCGAUCAUGGACGGAAUCGAUGCGUGGCCAGAGGUACCUGUGGAGUAUGAGCUCCCGGUAAUGCCAAAGCAUUAGACUUUCCUUCUUUGUGAAUGUUCGA